AUGCUAUUAUUACCCUUUUUCUUUCUUUCUCCCAUUCUCCCCUUGUUUGUUUGUUUGUUUGUUUCUUUCUUUCUUUCUUUCUUUCUUCCUUCCUUUCUUUCUUUCUUUCUUUUGUUCGUUGUUCAUUCGUUCGUUUUUUCGGUCUCUCAUUCUUUUGUACGAGCUUUUAUCCAUUUGCUCGUCUGUACUUUUUGCUUAGCCCUUUCAUUCAUUCUUUUUUUUUUUCAUUAUAGCAUUCAUUCUUUAUUUCAUUCAUUUGUUACUUCUUUCUUUAGUUCUUUUGUUCAUACAUUUAUUUCUUCAUUCGUUCCUUAUUUUGUUUGUUCUUUUUUAUUCGUCCAGUCGGUAUCUUGUGCUUUCCUUCGUUCGUUCGUUCAUUUUUUUUUUCAACUGUCACUCAUUCAUAUAUUCGUUCGUUCUUAUCGUUCGUUCGCACUUCUUUUCUUUUUUUCAUCGGUUCGGCCAUUCAUUUCUUCAUUCCUAGAUUUUCGUUAUUUAUUACGUUCUCUUUUUUUCUCUUAUUCGGUCGUCUAUCGUUCAUUCCUUUCUUUCCACUUUUCUUCAUUCUUUCAACAUGUUUUUCAUUUGUUCAUUCAGUCGAUUGAUUUAUUUAUCAUUCAUUCACCUGAUCUUUUUUUCUUUCGAUUGUUCUCCCAUACUUUCUCUAAUUCAUUCGUUCAACGCCUUGAUUCAACACUUUUGCUAAUGAUUUCUUUCUAUCUAACUUCCUUUCCUUUUUCUUUAUUCCUUUUCUUCUGUUCUUUGCCCAUUCGUAGCAGUUCUUCUUGUCUCCUAACAAAUUUUCAUUUCUAUUUCCUGUUUGUCUUGUUCUCUGGUAUCGUCUGGAGCCUCGUUUUCAUUUUUUUUCUUCCUACUCAUGCGUGUUGCCGUUACAAAUGCUUUCAAUGA